AUCUAUGCUUACAAAAAAAGGGAAAGUUAUCUUGCUAAACCAAGGAAUGGAUAAAGUUGUUCCUCCAAGAUCAUGAAGCAAGUAAUGCAAACCAUGUAAUCACCACAAUUGAGUCAUAAACUUUCAUUUGCUUCCAACAUAACAACUUUCAUUCCCUCUAUAAAAAAAAAAAAACUCUUUCUCCCCACCACAACACAAACCCUUUAAAUAUUAUUCACAAAAAUCAAAAUGGUGUCGGUAUGGUCUGUGUUGGUGGCUCUAACCAUUCUUUCCAUGGAUCUUAGGAUCUCUCAAGCCAGACCUCAUGUCACUUUGAACGAGCAAUCCAUUGUUGAUUACCACCAGCAAUGGAUGACUCAGUUCUCUCGAGUUUACCAGGAUGAAUCCGAGAAAGAAAUGAGACUUCAAGUGUUCAAGAAAAACUUGAAAUUCAUUGAGAACUUCAAUAAUAUGGGGAACCAAAGCUACACAGUUGGUGUCAACGAGUUCACGGAUUGGACAAUAGAAGAGUUCCUUGCCACCCACACCGGCCUCCGCGUUAACGUAACUACACUAUCCGAACUAUUUAAUGAAACUAUGCCAUCAAGGAAUUGGAACAUUAGUGAUAUCGACAUCGACGACGAAAGCAAAGACUGGAGAGACGAAGGAGCUGUAAUACCUGUUAAAGUUCAAGGAGCAUGUGGAAGUUGUUGGGCGUUCUCAGCGAUUGGGGCGAUGGAAGGUUUGACAAAGAUAUCUGGCAAAAAUCUAUUAACACUGUCCGAACAGCAGCUUAUAGAUUGCGACACAGAGAAAAACACUGGUUGUGAUGGCGGAGGAAUAGAAGAAGCUUUCAAGUACAUAAUAAAAAACGGAGGGGUUUCUUUAGAAACGGAAUACCCUUACCAAGUGAAAAAGGGGAGCUGUCGUGCCAACGCCAGAUCCGCCACUCAGACACAGAUUAGAGGGUUCGAAAUGGUUCCAAGCCACAACGAGCGUGCGUUGCUCGAGGCCGUAAGAAGACAGCCAGUCUCGGUGUUGAUUGAUGCAAGAGCGGACAGUUUCAAAACUUACAAAGGGGGAGUAUACGCUGGGCUGGACUGUGGGACAGACGUGAAUCAUGCAGUGACGUUCGUUGGGUACGGAACGAUGAGUGGGCUCAACUACUGGGUGCUUAAGAACUCUUGGGGUAGAGUUCAGAGUUGGGGAGAAAAUGGUUACAUGAGGAUCCGUAGAGAUGUGGAGUGGCCUCAAGGAAUGUGUGGUAUAGCUCAGGUUGCUGCUUAUCCGAUUCCUUAACUAAUUUGGUUAGGUGGUUUGGUUUUAUAUUGAAGUGAUCAUACAUUUUGUAGCCUGGUUAACGAUCGUUUACAUGCGGUCACAUUGCAACUUAAAAACUAUAAUAUGUAACAUUUUAUUACUCCAUAUAAUGUAUU